AGCAGAAGGCAAACACAUCCAGUAGGGCUGGCCACAGAAGCAGGGACACCAUGGAGGCUGCCUGGGACUGGCUGCUGGUGGCUGUGCUGGCCACAUCCCUGAGCUCUGCAGUGACUCAGGAUGUGUGCCGAGCCACAGAUGGGAAAGAUGGGGUUAAAGGAGCACCCGGACGACCAGGGCGGCCAGGCCUCAAAGGGGAGAGAGGGGAACCAGGGGCUGCUGGCAUUCGGACAGGCAUCCAAGGCCUUAAAGGAGACCAGGGAGAGCCUGGCUCCCCUGGGGUCCCAGGGUUAAUGGGCUUCCCAGGGCCCAGUGGCCUCCCAGGGGUCGCUGGGAAUCCAGGACCGAAGGGCAUCAAAGGUAACCCAGGCAACAUCAAGGAUCAGCCACGGCCAGCCUUCUCAGCUGUGCGCCGAAAUCCCCCCACGGGUGGCCAUGUGGUCAUCUUUGACAGUGUCAUCACCAACCAAGAAGGCCCCUACCAGAGCCACUCCGGCUUCUUUGUCUGUGCUGUGCCCGGCUACUACUACUUCACCUUCCAGGUGGUGUCCCAGCGGGACAUCUGCCUAUCCAUCGUGUCCUCGUCCCGAGGCCAACGGCAGCGGUCCCUGGGCUUCUGUGACACCAACAGCCGAGGAAUCUUCCAGGUGUUAUCUGGAGGCACAGUGCUCCAUCUCCAGCAUGGAGACCAGGUCUGGAUCGAAAGAGACCCCACAAAGGGUCACAUCUACUUGGGGCCUGAUGCGGACAGCAUCUUCAGUGGCUUCCUCAUCUUCCCAUCAGCCUGAGACAGAGAGCAGGAUGGGGGCAGUAUCUCAGCCUUCUGCUUCUUUCUGUGGGGGGACUCUGGCCCACUCACAGCCCCACUUUGAUGUCUGUGCUCAGCUCUGCAAAAGUGUGGGUGCUGCUACUGUAACUGCCUGUGGGGAGAUCAUUUCUUUAGACCUUUCUCUGGAAUAAAUGCUGAGUUUCUGUCUGCUGAA